AUGAGCUCCUACUUCUCGUCCUUGACCACCUCGUCGGCCAUUUCUGGUCUUGGCUCUCGGCUCACCAAUCUCCGCCGCGCCAUCACCCUCGGCGACGAGGGCGACGACCCAGACAAUGAAGACUGCUCUCACAUCUCCAACGCCCUCCGCGCCUACUACACAGAGAAAGGCCGACCAUUCCCACCCUGGCUACCCCAAGAUCCCAAAGCACCAGCACCAGCCCCCUCCCGCACAAUCGCCACCUCGCAACACCCCUCCGGCCAAGCUCCCGUCCAAGGUCGGAGUGGCGGUCUAGGCGAUCUAUGGGGUGAUUCCGGCGCCCAGCAAAACCAGCAAAACCCCCAAACAGCCAGUCUGCGUCGCGGCCGCGGGGGAAUGGCACCACCACUUGCAUCUGCCAACAGUGCGCCCUCGGGCCAAUCUGCGUCCUCUACGCCACCCCUCACUCAAUCACACUCCUACUCGCCUGCCGCCUCGGGGAAUCUCCACCCGGGCGGCGCGCGACCACUCCCCAGUCAGCGAUCUGGAUCGUCUCAGUCUUCGCAGAGUCGACCAAAUCUCGACCGUGCUGGUUCUGGUGGUGGCUCUGCUCAGGAUCGUCUCAGGGCCAGAUUGCAGGGCGGCAGAUCCCCCAGUCCUAAUAUUGAUCCGAGUGUUCGGAAGCCGGUUGGCUUGCCCCGACGGUGA